AUGUACUGGCCGACAUCAGCCGCUAGGAUACUCGAUACCCCGGCUCCCCUGGGUCGCGACCCCACAACACACAUCGUACCCAACAAGCGUGGCAACCUCUUCGCCGCCCUCAGUCCAGCUGCUUUCGGCGUGUGGAAUGUCCGCACGACAACUUCGCACCUGCUCAUCUAUGGAUUGGUCGCGACCACCGGUGAUGUCUACGAGUCGGUGCCAACGACGCACUUCCCCGCCGGCGGUGGUGCAGGUGAAGGCGAGUCGCUGCGGGGCUUCGAGCUGAAGAAUCGGGGCGUCGCCUUCGUCAUGGGCAAGUGCACCAGCGUCGUGGCUCAGAGCCACAAUCUGCUGCUGUCGCUGCAGCAUCCGCCGUCAAUAUUUGUCGUGCCGUGGCCGCUUCCGACGCAGCUUGUUACUCCGCCGGGUUCGCACUUCCCCCCACUACCGCUCGAUGGCGACAGCGAGGCGCAGGUCGAGUGUGAGAUGUGGGACCUGGGUAAGGCAAAGGACUGGCUUGACCAGUCAGCUCCCAUGGCAAUGACGGCGUCAAGAUUGCAAGGCAUGCCGGUGACAUACACGAUCUUAACGGACGAGGGGCGUGUGUACGCAAUGUACGCUGUGUCGCAGGUCGAGUUAUUCCAACAGGCCCAGCCGCCGAGCUCGCGGACACCAUUGCCGGAUACGCGCUUUGUGGGUCAAGCGAUCUACCCGCCGCCGUCGACCGACAGCCUGAGCGGCGGCAUGGUGAGCCUUGGCCUGAUCACGGUACCCCCAGUGUCCGUAAAAGCUGUCGAGGUGGCGGUGAAUUUACGACUCGGUAUGGCGGCCGUCGGACUCGAGGACGGACUCGUGCAUGUCAUGAUUCUGCCGCCGUGGCCGCAAGCUGCGCGAUUCUCGCACGCUCUCGACCUGAAACACGCAGCAAACUUGCGGGUCAAGCCCGGCGCCGUCAAGACCAUGGCGUGGACGUCAGACGGCUACGCGCUCGCAGUCGGGUACGAGAAUGGCUGGGCAGUGUGGAGUAUGGGCGGCCGACUUGAUGGCUGGGGCGUGGCGGCGCAGGAGGACGACUCCGGUCCCGUGGACGAUUUCAUGCGCGGCGUCUCCGCGCUGUUCUGGGCUCCAGGCAACCUGGACCUGUUCAUGGUGGCACCGAGCGCGCCGACGCGGCUGUUCGCACUCCCCUUCGUGAAGAGUGCGACAACGUCUCAGCACUCGCCUGACAACACGCGCUACGCCUUCCUUCAGCUCGACGACCGGGUGCUCGUCUACCGCGGCGCAGACCAGCCUGACAUGUCGGUCAUCAACCCGGAGUCUGAUGUGUGGCAACAUAUCCACAUUCCCGCCGUGUACAUUGCGACAAACUGGCCGAUUCGCUACGCAUGUAUCAGCAGCGACGGGCGUUUCGUCGCUGUCGCUGGCAAGCGGGGCCUGACGCAUUACUCAGCAGCGAGUGGGAGAUGGAAGCUCUUCACGCACGAGCGCGAGGAGCGCGCGUUCUCGGUCCGUGGCGGCCUGCUCUGGUUCCACCACGUGCUCAUCGCGGCAGUGGAGCAGGGAGGCAAGUACGCCAUCCGGCUGUACUCUCGCGACGCGGAGCUGACCGAGUCGGGCGUGCUCAGCGCGCACGCCGUGCCCGCUCCCGUGCUCUGUAUGAGUCUGCUUGGCAACUCGCUGCUGGUCUACACAGCAGACAGCAUGCUGUACCACUUCCUCAUCCUUCCGACGCGGGACACGAUCCGCCUCCAACUGUGCGGGUCGAUUGGGUUCCAGGGGCUCGUGACUGUCCCCGCGCGAGUGAGGGCACUCUCAUGGCUCGUUCCGGACGCGCAACGGCGCCUCGGCGACCCCGCCGACGAUCUCAUCGUCGCGACGAUCAUCUUUCUCGUCGACGGGCGGCUUGUCCUCCUGCGUCCCCGGAGGGCAGGCGGCGACGAGGUGCGGUACGACAUGCAAGUCCUCGCGGACCGGAUCGAAAGCUACUGGACACACCUGGAGGGUGUGGGCACGCUCGAAAACUCGCUCUGGGGCUACGACGGUCGGUCGAUGCGUGUCUGGCUCGAUGCGCUGACGAUCGAGGCCACGCGCGUGGACACGGACCGCGACAGCUACGAGAGCGUCAGCGAGAGUGUCUGUCUCAGGCUGGACUUUUACCCGCUGUCGCUCUUAAUCGACAAGGGCAUCAUCAUUGGCGUGGACCACGAGCCGAGCGCGAGGGCACUCCCGUUCGCCCUCUUCAAGCUGCAGACAAGCACGAUGCUCUUCCUCCCGGAACUCUUGCGGUACCACCUCGAGCGGCGGGAUCUCCGCUCAGCCCUGGCGUUUGCGUCCAACUACAACGAGCUCGUGUACUUCGCCCAUGCGCUGGAAGUGCUCCUCCACUCAGUGCUGGAGGACACCGUGGACGCCCUAGCCUCGAAAGUGGACCAAAAGUCCGACCCAGGCGGCGCCGUGUCGCCAGGCAGCACCAAGUCGGACGGCACGGGCACGCUCUCAUUAGUUGCGACGUUUCUGGACCACUUCCCCGAAUCGCUCGAUGUGGUGGUCGGCUGCGCUCGAAAGACCGAAUUUGAGCACUGGUCUCUCCUCUUCGGCGUGGUGGGCGCGCCACGCGAGCUGUACGAGCGCUGCAUCGCCUCUGGCGCGCUGCGUUCUGCCGCCAGCUAUCUGUUGGUCAUGCACACGCUGGAAGAAGCCGACGACGCGGCGGACACAGUGCGCCUACUCCGGCUCGCGAUAGAGAGGGACGAGACGCAGCUGUGCAAGGAGCUGCUGCGUUUCCUGAGAUCCAUAGAUGAGAGCGGGGAGGCGCUGAGGCGGGCCGUGAAGGAGGUCGGCAUUGCGCCGCCGUUGGCCGCCGUUCCUAAGAAGAAUGAGCCGGAAGGCAAGACCCCCUAA